ACGUUAGUUGGAGAACAUCCCUCUUAUCAAAAUCUCAUGAGACCAUUGUCGCUGCACUAGAAGACAGGGUGGCCCCACCGACAAAACCGCUUUCUCCAACUUUAUCCUCAGUAACGUAGAGCCAAAAUAAACUCGUUGAUUUGAUGCUACUUUCAUCUUUGCACCAAACAAUAAAUUUAAAUUGGAUCCGAUUACAGUCUUCAACUAGCUAGAUAGGAGAUGCACAGCGAAGCGAAGCACCUGGUUUUCACAGUUGAAUUUUCCGAAAGUUAGGGUUACAGCAACUGACAGCUUAAUUGAGGAAUACAGAAUUGUUAUGGUAAUGAUGAAAUGCAGCAGCAGAAUUAAGGGUUAAGAGUUUUGAGAUAGAUGGAAAGGCGGAGGUUGGCAGUUAUUCUGUCUCAUCUUUCUGCAAAAACAAACCAGCCGAGGUCAUGGGGUGAUUGCGGUCGAAUGCAGAGAAUGCCGCUACAACGCGAGGGUUGUGGUGGUAAAGAGGGAGACGCAAAUGAGACGGACGAAUUUGGCGUCUGUUGCCGUGAAAAUGUUACAGGCAAUUCGAAUUCCGUCGUGAAGACAGAAGAAUUUAGUGUGGAACAGGGGGUAGGCUGCAACGGGAGGGUGUACGAUGCUAAAGAACAAUGUAGUGAGAUGAGUAAAGGAGUUGUGCGUUCGCAUAUGACCAGGAGUAUGGAAAUUGUUAAAGAGGAUGAAGAAAACUGUGUUUUCUGUGACGUUGUACGAGGUCGAGCCCCCGCGUUAAAGUUAUAUGAAGACGAAACAUGUCUUUGUAUUCUGGACAUCAACCCCCUGAGCCACGGGCACUCACUUAUCAUUCCAAAAAUUCAUUUUUCAUCUUUAGAGGUUACUCCUUCAGCAGUAGCAGCGGCCAUGUGUGCCAUCGUACCUGUUUUAGGCAAUGCUAUAAUGAAAGCUACAUGCGCUGAUUCAUUCAAUUUAUUAGUUAACAGUGGUGCUUCUGCUGGGCAAGAAAUAUUUCAUACACAUUUUCAUAUUAUUCCCAGAAGUAGACAUGAUAAACUUUGGAGAUCCGAGAAUGCCAGGAGAAGACCCCUAUGUUUGAAUCAAGAGACUGCUCUUCUUGCUGACUGCAUUCGGGGAAAGUUAUCAGCUCUGCAAACAUGAUAUGAACAACAUAUUCCCUUGGUUGAAGAAACUCCAGAAUUGUUCGUUAGAUUUCAGUUUCCUGCUGAAGAUUUAUCUGUGAUGAUACCUGCUUGCUGAUACACGUAGCUAGAUUCCAUUGCAUGGUUGUAUUCAUUUUUUGAUCUUAUGGAGGGAAGAUAUUGAUUGCAUGCUGGUUUCUAUUUGUCUCUAUUUCUAAUCUUACCUUAUUAACAAUUGAAGAUGUAUACUGAGUACUCACAUUCUGAUCUCAAUAUGAGCAGAUGUGGAGACGAUUUGAGGAAUUCUGGUUCCUAAUUGUGACAAGUAAAUAAUGGUCAUUUCAACAUUAAAAAGUUACAGGCAAAAGAAUUUGUAAAAUAAAAUGUUGUAUCUCAUUUUUAACAAAGAUAUGGUUAAACAUUUGGUGGUUCAUUUUUGAAUUGGUCCUUCCCCAUCAGUGCAUCACUUGAGGAGAGGAUAAUUCUAUUCUGGGAAUUCUAUAACUUGAUCUUUCACCACUCUAUUCCCAAUUGCAUUUUUUCAUGCAUAUUGUGGUACUGGUUCUAUACUUCCCUUGAAGACGUAUGGAGAGGUCUUCAGGAGGAAGGAACCUACUUCUUUGCAUAAGCUAUAUGUUUUUAACUUUUAUGUAAUUAGCUUUUCUAUUCAGCAAUCUGAUUCGUGCUCUUUAUUUGCCAAGCACUCCAAAACAUAUAUUACUAGCUCUUCCAUCCAGCAAUCCGAUUUGUGAACUUUGUUUUCCAAAUACUGAAAAAUAUAAGUAGCUUUUCUCUUUAGCAA